AUGACAACUCCAAUAGUUUCAUACUCUGAUAUUCCUUGGAAAAAGCAUCGCAAAUUGCUUUUGGCUAUUUUUGCUGUGGCUCUGGUGGUUGUCCACUUGGCGAACGAAGCUGGAAAAUUGCUUCUUCUACCAUGGGAUGCCAGUACAAGUGCAAGCUUAAGUAGUAAAUCUAUUGCUAUUGCUUGUAUCAAUGGCAACAGCACUACCGGUAGUAGUCAUUCCAAGGAAGAAGCAACAGAAAAGAUGUGGAAAUCUCAUAAACUGCAGGCAGCAGUUGCGUUACGGGUGAUGGAGGAACGAGACAUCAUGACUACCCCAUUUUCCAGUCGUGAACUUGCACUACAAAAGACGUUUCCUUCAAAUCUUCAAUGGACACCUUGCGCACUAGAAAGAAUAUUUCAGCAAAAGCUCAAGAAACACAACAAUCAAGGCACGCCAAUUCAAGUGAAUAUUGCCGUGGUGGGCGGAUCCACCGCUGCUAGGCCAGGGGAUCGAUGUGCCCGUCACCACUCAACAACAACAACCGUAACAACAACCAAGCCAGAUGGAAGACACAGUGGACAAUUACAUCAAAAACUAAAUCAGGAAUUCAUACAGCACCAGGCGUUACUCGACACGACCAGGAGCACGAGCAUCAACACUACUACUACUACUACUACUCAUGACAACCUUUCCAUGAAAUUCCAAGUAUACAAUUGCGCUCAAGGUGGAACCAACACGGUAACAUCUGCCAUGUUGAUGGAUGGCUGUGUCAAUGCAGCAAAUACAGACAUCAUCAUUUGGGACUUUUUGGUCAAUGACGAAGCGGGUGGGGGUGGUACCAAGGAAGAGAAUCGAAAAAUGGACUUUUGGUUGACACGAGUCCAUGCACAUUUUGCCAAAGCCGGAAAGCCUCCUCCACCCAUUGUCUUGCUGCACUUGUGGGGCGAUAGAGCCAUGACCAAUGUUAACAAGUACAAGGGAAAACGAAAAGUAUUUGACAUUUUGGAUCGAAAACCACACCGGUAUCUUGGUCGAUUGCUCACAAAAUACAUUGAGUCUGGCUGGGAUAUUGCCAUGAUCAAUGUUGCUGCGGCUAUCAAUGGUACAGCCCUCAGCCAAAAUGUGAAACUUCUCCUCGAUGAAACCACUCAUGCCAGUUGUGCUGGAACCAGCUUGAUGGGGGAUAUGAUACAGCACCUUUUCUACACAAAUGUUGCCAGUGAAUCAUGUACUCUGCAAAAUGCGCUUACAGAGCCACCACCACAACCAGUCGUUCCACUGCCCCACAGUCUCAGAGAGCCCAAAAUGCCCAGCCCCAUCAGUGAAGCAAAGUGGACCCCUCUGUGGCAUGAUUUGUUCCGGGAGGACGCCAGGAUUGGGUCAUUGUCUGUCUGGAAGCCUGUGGAAGCAAAUUUGACCAAUCUACACUUGUUGCCUGGAUGGCAGGCAACCAUUGACAGCUGGCCAACCCGAUUGACUGCCAAGCACAGAGCUGGUCGAUUUGAUAUUAAGAAUGGGUUGGUUUUGCCAGAGUGUGCCAAUACCACCCAAAUGCUCAACUUUUAUCUCCAAGAGCCAGAUCUGAAAUGGCUUGGUUUCAAUAUGAAGGGCGGUGAGAGACAUGUUUACGUCAAUGGUAUGGAGCUUUUGGAAGUAAAAGCCCGUCCUCAUGACUGGUGUUUUGGGUUCACUCAAAUCUCACACUGGGUCAACCUGAAGAACUAUACAGCAAUCAGGCUUCCAGAGGAUGGCAUUUACACAAUUUCCUUUUGCCAUACCACGCCGACAAAAGCGACAGAACCAACUCUGUCUUUCUUUAUUGGGGUCGCCGUGUAA